AUGGGAAUACUAAAACAGCUUUACAUCAAGAAUCAGUUCGCCGCAUGCUCUGAAGAUUUUAUAAAGAUGGAAGAAGUUGUUACGGAUAUAGAAGGUGAUAUUGGAAAACUUCAACGCCAAAAAGAAAAUCGUGAAAAACUGAAUUUCUCGCCAGACACUGAGCAAGUUUUGUUAAAAAACGAUUCUGCUAAAAAAGCUAACAAGUUGGACAAAGAAAACUGCUUUUAA